AUGUCCCUCCCAACAACCCACCAAGCAGCCGCCAUCGUCGAGAAAGGCAAACCACUUUCCCUGAUAACCCGCAAAACCCCCACCCCAGGCCCCGGCGAAGUCCUCCUCAAAGUCCAAGCUAUAGCCUUCAACCCCGUCGACAUGGCCCAGCGUGACGUCGGCUUGUUCAUCGCCGCCUACCCGGCCAUCAGCGGCUCCGACGUGGCGGGCACAAUCACCCUCACGGGGCCUGGCGUGUCGAGCGUGCAAAUCGGCGACCGGGUCACCGCAUUCGCGAGCGCCUUCUUCGCGCAGGGCAACCCGGACUAUGGCGCGACGCAAGAAUACGUGCUUGUGGCCGAGACCGUGCUGACCCCGCUGCCGGCGUCGUGGAGUUUCGUCGAGGGCUGUGUGCUGCCCAUGGCGACCUUCGUGGCGUGGAGUGCGUGGACCAUCACGGGUAUAUUGAGAGUCUGGGGGGCGAAGCGGGUAUUUGAUUAUAAGGCGGAGGACGUGGUGGAGCAGAUUGUUAGUGCGGCGAAGGAGGAUGGGUUGAAGAUGACGAAGGGGAUGCAUGCUGCUGGGUCGUCCGUGCAGCAGCUUGGGGUCGAUGUGAUGGGGGCCUUGAGGGAGGAGGGUGCUGUUUCGAAGUAUGGGAUUGCGCCGAUUGUGGAUAAAGAGGUCAAGGUCCCGGAGGGGGUUGAGACGGCGUUUUUGACGGGGCCGCAGCCCGAGGAGAGGGAUGAGUGGCUCAAGUGGGUGUUUGGGACGUGGUUGAAGGAGAAUCUUGCCAAGGGCCGGGUUGUGGCUAGUCCUCAUAUCAAGGUCCUUGACGGUGGGCUGGCAGCUGCUAAUCAGGCUUUGGAUAAUCUGAAGGCUGGCGUCAGCGCCACAAAGCUUGCGGUUGAGCUGUGA